GUUCAUCAAUGAUGAACAUGAAUUUAACAUAUAAUGAUCAUACAAAUCAUGAUGUCAUCACAUCAUGAUUACUAGGUAUAAAGACAAGCUAUUAUUACUUAAUCACAAUGAUUUGGCAUUACGACUAGUAUAGAUGUUAUCUGUGAGGUUGAGUAUACUAUAUUCUAGAGAUAAGAUACAAAAUGUUUGACUAUAACAAACGUGCCGUGUGGUUAGCGGCACUUUAGAAGAGUAUCACUCCAUCUGCUCAUAAGCAUCAUCAUGGUUAUAAGCGCUUUUAUCUAGCGAAGAAAUAACUGUGCCAGUUGCUUCUCUUUCCACGCAGAUUAUUACUCACUGAAGAAACAUGGACAUGAGCACACUUCUAGAACAGCUGGACAAAUAUGGCGUCGGUAGGCGGAAGUUAGAUGACCACUUGUUCAAGGACGAUCCACCGCUUCCCAGGCUCGGAGUUUACGACGUCGAUGACGAGGACUUAUGCCAUGAGGUCAUAACAACAACGUGUGCAGUCCCAGGAUGUUAUUACACCACAGAAUCUCUGCUAUCCUUUGAGAACCACUACAACUCGUCACACAGAUACUCUUGCGCCCAAUGUAAGAAAGUGAUGCCGUCACCCCAUUUAUUAGACUUGCAUAUACAAGAGACUCACGAUUCGUUCUUCGCUGUCAUGGCCGAGAAAAAACCUUCGUAUUGCUGCUAUAUAGAAGAGUGCAAGGAGAAAUUCAUUAACGCCGAAGAGAGAAAAUCGCACUGCGUAAAAAUACAUAAACUACCAAAAGAUUUCCGAUUCGAGACAAAUUGUAAAUUUCAAAAACAAAAAAAGAUUAAGAAAAGGUCAUCAGCCAUGGAGGUGGACGGUGAAAGCUCAAAAGACCAGAAACAAUUUAGUUUUAUAAAUGGCAAGCAAAAAUUCACGUAUACUGGCAGGAAAUUUACAAAAAACGAUGAAGAAAAAUCAAAAAGACAUGUUAAUAUAGAUGUGGUGAUGGAGGACUUAAAAGAAAGUCUACCUGAUUCUUAACCGGUUUACUCACGAAGGCUGACAAGGCAACCAAAAUAUUUUCCCCUCUCUAUUUAGCAAUUCGGUUAACUUCAAUGAGAGAGAGAUGGGCGAAGUAUGUUUUUUGAACGCCCCACAGAGCAUUGAAAGUCCAGGUGGCGCGUCAGGUUAUGGGCCCGGGCGCCAACAAACAACAUAUUUAUAGGUAACAUCAGAGUAAUGUUGUAGUUACUACGCGCGCACUGAGAAAAUCAGCAUAUAUAAAUAUAUCAAAUCUAUAACUAUAGGCUUUAUUGUGAUUUAUCAAACAGGCCUCGUUUUUACUCCGACCUGUGAACUACACAGACAUUCAACAGAGCAUCUAAGUGCUGUCCCCGUACUAUGCUAUGGUACGCGCUACGCCGUUUUUAUCGCUGUUCCGUUUCAUGUCAUAAUAAAAAGUGAAACAGCGAUGGUUUUUCGCGCGGUAAAAAAGCGUUCACGCGGGCCAUCCUACUGCUGCACUACUAAAAUGGUUUAAAACAGGAUAUUGUGAAUCUUGCUCACAAGACGACGACGGGGGGUUUAUACUGUCUACUACUGUGGAGAAUUGGUAUAAACUGUCAAAAAUUUCACAACUGGCAACCAUAGUGGCCAGCUUACAUUAAUUGGACAUUCAUUGUUAGAUUGGGACCUCAAUGUCGACAAAUAUUAAAUGCAAUUUUUUUUAAUAGAUUAAUCUUUUAAUACACAUAAAAUAAAAAUAAAAAGCAAGAAAUAUCAUCAAUUUGUUUUUAUUAUCAUCACGAAAGCGCAAUACUAGAAUAAAUAUUCUAUCGUAACAGCUGUUGGCAUAGAUCCAGCUAUAAAAUUAAAACAUUUCUUUUAAGAAAACAUUUUUAAAAAUUGCACAUAGAUUUAUCACAUUAAGAAAUCUUUUUAUAAAAAAAAUUAUGCUUUCAAAUCACUGGGUAAUCCAUGUUAUUGUAUUCCUGACUUAUAAAUUCAAAGGAUUAAUUUAAAAUUUGUGAUCAACUCUAAUUACAAUAAGUUCAGCGACACAUUCCUUAAAUAAAUAACAGAUUAUCCUUAUUAUCUAUGGUUACACGAUUGUCUAUAGUUGCACUAUUGUCUAUGGUUUACUUGGCUUUCCCCUGGGCGGCGACGGCAGCCAUAGCCUUCUUUACGGUUUCCUCGUCUCCGAGGAAGACCAUUGAGUCAACAGGUUUCAUGUUCUCAUCGA